AUGCAUAAUUUAAUUAUCCUCUGGAAUCCUAAUAAAUAUAAUUUCCAGGAUUAUGGUUUAGUUAUAAUUUUAGAGACUGUGGAAAUAUAUAAAGUAUUAUAUAUCUUAACGAGAAAUAUUCUCAAAUAAAAAGUUCUGGAUAUCAAUUAAAAGUAAGAUGAAAGUUAAAUAUAGGGAAUAUUUAUUAGCAAGAGCAGAGAAACUAAUUGAGAGAGUAGAUUUGAAGGCAUUGAAGGUUCAUCAAAUCCUAAGCAAGUUUGUAUCAAUGAUAAUUGGGUUAAUGGUCUUAAUAGUUCAGCCAAUUGGAAUACAAAAAUUUGAAUUGUUUGAUAAUUUUGAAUAUAAUAGAAAGUGAGAUCAGUAUAAUUAACUUGAUGUGAAUUAUAAUAUAUAGA